GUGACAGUUCACAGUCUGCAAUUGCUGGGAACAGGCCGUUCGCAGGAGAGUAAAAGGGCAAUGAUCUGCCUCGGUGCUGGGGUUUCCACGGUUUCCACCGAGCAUUGAUGAUGAUUAUGAUUGUAAUUAUUAUGGUUCCUGUCUGGUCCCUGUUCCUGGUUGUCGGGGACACGGUCAAGCAUCUUUCCCACUGGCCGUUUAGUAUUGUCUCUUGUAGGAAGCCACUGUUGACGGCUGAUCGAUAACUGCUUUGUCCUCAUUUGAGAAAAAGUGAAAAGUGAAAAGUGAAAAAGGAAGGGAAAAAAAAAAAAAAAACAUCACCAUUCUUACUGCGCUGUCCUGACAGCAGCCUCCAACCUUCCAUUUGCCUUGUUUCAAACAUGCCUGGAUUAAGUUGACCCUCGUGGGAAUCUCGUGACAGGUGUUUUCUGGUCUUUCUCUAAGCAUCUAUUUACAUUCAUAUUCACACCUACUAGCAUCUACUACUGAACCUCUUGUCCAGUGCGCAUAAUACACAACUACCCGCAUCGUGCCGACGCCCUCAGUUGCCCCAUACAAAAAAUGACUGGUGCCCAUAGGGCACUCGGCUUUGAUAGUGCUCACGAGGACAUGGCGCAACACGCAGAUUCAGUACGCGCAAACUCGACAGUCACCCCAGGAAUGGACGAUCUAGGUUCUUCUGCUGUCGGAGGUGGCAUCAGCGGCAUUGCUCUUGGCGUCGCAAACACCCAUAGUCGCGAAAGCGGAAUCGAGGCAGUCACGAACACAAGCGCGGGAAACACUGGUUUUGAUGCACCAGCAGAACGAGAUUUCCAUACUACUGGCUCGGAUAACCCCUACAUCCCUUCUGCUCCGGGAGCGGAAAGCUCAGAUACCUUGAGACCCAGGGAUUCCUACGGUUCGAAUGUUCCUCUAGGCGCCGGUUCAUUCAGCGGACAACUGGCUCCAGGAUCCUCCCCUCGAUUCGCUCCAUCCACCCCAUCCAGAAGCAUUCCCUACCAGAGUCCCGCAGUUUCUCAAGACGGACCGUACCAAAGGAAUUCUUUCUACAACCCCGGAGGAGAUUCUCUCGACAUCAUUAAUCCUGACGAUAUUGCCGACGACGGCGAUGAUGGCUUUACCCAUUCCGCUGCUGCUGGCGCCGGUGCUGGUGGCCUGCGACGCUCAAUUGGGGCAUUUAUGAGGGGCCAGAAGUCAGCCAACGCGUCGGAGCUUGCUUACGACCCAGUUCCGGGGGGGAAGAAACAGUAUCCUUAUAACGAAGGAAAACGAAACAGAAGGAUGGGAUUGUUCGUGGGCAUCUUCCUUGCCUUGGUCAUCGUGGGGGCAAUCGUCGGGGGUGUGGUUGGAGGUGUCGUUGGAGACAGAGGGAACAAGGAUCGCACGUCUGUCAAUUCUUCGGGCUCAACAUCAAGUUCAGGCAGCUCUGAUACUGGCUCUGAUGACGGUUCUGAUGACGGCAAUGGUUCAAACGGUGACCUGGACAAGAACUCUCCCGAAAUCAAAGCGCUGAUGAACAACACGAACCUCCAUAAAGUGUUCCCUGGGGUGGACUAUACGCCCUGGGGUGUGCAGUAUCCGCUGUGCCUCAAGUACCCUCCCUCCCAAAAUAACGUCACCCGCGACAUGGCUGUCCUAUCGCAGCUGACCAACAAUGUGCGACUCUACGGCACCGAUUGUAAUCAAACAGAGAUGGUGCUUCAUGCUAUCGACCGGCUCGAACUUACUGAUAUGAAGCUCUGGCUAGGAGUAUGGCUCGAUACGAACACGACAACCAACGAAAGGCAAUUGGAGCAGCUGUACAAGGUAAUCGACAAUACGAAAGAUACCUCCAUCUUCAAUGGUGCCAUUAUCGGGAAUGAAGCACUUUACCGUGCUGGUCCUGACAUUGCUACCGCGGAGAAGAACCUGAUCGCCUACAUGAAGAGCGUCAGAGCAAACUUCACCCAGAGGAACCUUGACCUGCCAGUUGCAACAUCUGACCUGGGAGACAACUGGAAUUCAGAACUCGUGCAGGUCACAGACUUCGUCAUGUCAAAUGUCCAUCCUUUCUUCGCUGGCGUGACGGUCGAUAUCGCCGCCAACUGGACGUGGGACUUUUGGCAGCAACAUGAUGUUUCCUUGACCCAAGGCACGACUAAGAAGCAGGUCAUUUCCGAGGUCGGAUGGCCCACUGGUGGUGGCAAUGACUGCGGCUCUAACAACGAUUGUCCAAACCCAACUGCAGGCUCAGUGGCGGGCAUCGACGAGUUGAACCAGUUCAUGUCUGAGUGGGUCUGUCAAGCUCUAGAGAACGGGACAGAUUAUUUUUGGUUCGAGGCCUUUGAUGAGCCGUGGAAGGUCAUAUACAAUACCCCCGGAAAAGAAUGGGAAGAUAAAUGGGGUCUUAUGGACUCGGCUCGCAAGUUGAAGCCCGGUGUCAAGAUUCCAGACUGCGGUGGCAAGACCGCGUCCUAAUAUGACCUUCAGUGUCAUUCUUUUUCUCCCGACUCUGGGCUCAUAUUGACACCAGCGAUGUUGUCUAAUCAUCUAAUGCUUCCAGUACGCUGCGCUUCACGCCUUAUGCCGAAUGAAGAAACACCUCGCCUCCAAAGUUCUAACACUGCCGGGUAUAUUUGUAUGCAGCACAUCAG